ACAAUAACUAUAUUGAACUUUGUGAACAACUACCUCCGUUAAAUCACCCGCACCUCCCGUCCCGUCUUGCUCCAAUAAAAUGUCUUCCUCUUCCUCUGAUAACCAGAACCCCGGCCUGCUUGAUGGGCUUGGCAACACCCUGGGCAAGACCGUCGAUGGAGUGACUGGUACCUUGGGUACCGCCGUGGGGGGAUUAGGAAAAACCGUCGGUGGAGCGACUGAGGGCUUGGGGAAGACCGUCAGCGGCACCAGUGAAGGGCUCGGCAACACCACUCAGAACGUUGGAGAGUCGGUAGGGGGCAUAUUCAGCAACAAUGAGCAGAAGAAAUGAGAAUAUCUCACGUACCUUCUGGUCAUUCGACGGGUGUCUCAAGGCGUGACUUCUCAGACUUUGAACUUCUUCGUUAUGGUAUUACUAUGUUACUUUACUCUGAGGGAAGGUGUGUGUAGCAUGUUCUACUGCCGAUGUAUUAUGAAUUUGGUAAUCGAGGUGAAAUUGUUGCCUGAUAUUUAGCUUUCUGACCUGCUUCAAUCGUGGAGUCAAUUAUAUAGAAUCCUGUGUGUUUGAGUUAAAGCUCUUGAUGGCUAGGUGCAAACAUUGAUGACUGUUCCAAGGGUUGUAACAGAUGUACCUGGU